GGGCAUAAAGUGGCUGGCAGCCCGCAGGGCUCCCAGCAGGGAGGUGUUACCCCCGGUAGGCGCGGGCCACAGCACGGGCACCCAGCAUGCGGGCACAACUCACAAGGAGGACGCUGCUCAGUCUGGUCCUUGGACUUCUGCUCCUGAGCACUGCAGCAGCCAUGCGUGGCUGCUCGGGUCCUUACCAGCAGCUCCUCAGCCAGCUCCAGAGGCAAGCGAACCUCACAGAGGACACCAGCUCACUUCUGGAACCCUAUAUCCAACACCAAAACCUGGACACACCUAUCCUGAGAGGAUCCUGCACAGAGCAUCCUGGGGCCUUUCCCAGCAAGGAUGCACUUCGGGGACUGAGCAAGCGAAGCUUCCUGUGGACUGUCAAUGCCACCCUGGGCCGAGUCCUGAAUGGACUAGUUACUUUACAAAAGCAACUCUUAAAACCCCAGGACUUAGAAGAACUGGAGACGGCCAAGAGGAACAUACAAGGCAUCAGGAACAACAUCCACUGUAUGUCCUGGUUGCUUAAUGGCUCCUCUGAUACUGUUGAGCCCGUGCCGACAGGCCCAGGGCCUUGGCUGCAGCUCACUUCUGCCCUGGAUGUCUUUCAAGCCAAGCUGGAGGGCUGCAGGUUCCUGCGUGGCUACCAUCGCUUCAUGGGCUCAGUGGGGUGGGUAUUCAGGGAGUGGGGGGAGAGCCCGAGCAGGAGCCGGAGACACAGCCCACGCCGGGCUCUGCACAAGGGGGUCCUCAAGACUAAGAUCUUCAGGAGGGGCAAGAGGCCUGUGCCCCGGGGGCAUCUGCCCUGGUAGCGUAAGGGGCGCACCUUGCAGAUGAAGAACACAGGGGUUCCCUUUGGAAGUGAGGUGUCAUGGCAUGACACCAAACUUGCUCUGCUCCAUCCCCCACGACACAGAAGUGCACUUUAAGGAGAGGAGCUGGCUGGGCUCCUCCUGCCUCCUCUGGGUUGAGGAGAUAGAGUCAGGCUGUUGCACCCCCAGCCCCAAGUUUCCCAGUCCUGGUGGGGUGGCCAGGUCAGGCCACGUGGGACCGACUUUCCAUUGAUUCAGGGGUCUGAUGACACAAGCUGACUCAUGGCUGGGCUGACUACCCCCCUCCCCCCAGAUCCCCAGAGGCCAGCCAGCCCUUCCCUCUCAUGACUUGCAGGGCUGUUGACCCCAGACUUCCUCCUUUUCAUGGUGGCAGGAUUCUGAGAGGGAGGUCAGGGCUUGAACUGACCUCUGAUGCCUCAUCAAUGCUCAGGCCAGACACCUGGACAUCUGGGUGACCUCACUUUAGGCAGCUGUUACUGGGGUGGGGUGUCCUGGAGGUCUAGGGAAAGGGUGCUGAGGUCCCAGCCCAGCCACUAACUCACUGUGUGACCUUGGGUGGGUCAUUUUACCUCUUAGGACCUUAGUUUUUUCUUUGGGGAGCCAGGGGACUAUAUAAAACCCCCUCUGCCUGUCAGUUGCUGGGAUUUCGUGACACAGGGUGGACAUCAAAUUCUUUGUAAAUUGGGACAUGUGGUGCAAAUGGCCAUGGGGUGAGGGCAUGCUGAGUUCUCGCCCAGUGCCUGGAAGCACCCAGUCUUGGGUCCUGGCUGCUGGCUGCUCCCCCUGGUGGUGGGUCACGGAAUUUUCUCAUAUUGAAACCAUUACCCUCCUGGAGGGGGUCCCAGAAACUGCUGGGCAGAUUCCUUGGAGCAACAUGUCUAAUUUAUUGAUUUUUAUCAGUUUUUAAUCAGUUUCAUAUUUAUAAAGUGUAUUUAUGAUGUGUAUUUAAUGUUAAUAUUGUGCUAACAUAUAUUUAAAACUUGCUGGUUUCUAAA